CCGCCCCACGUGAUUUCCCGGUUCCGGAAGAGGAUGGCGGCGACGGGUCGGCCUCUCCCGCCGCGGCUCCUUCUCUUCGUCUUCGGGGCCGCCUCGCUGGAACUAGCCGCGGGGGCCGCCUCAGAGCCCGGCCGGUGGAGCGUCGUGGCUGAAGGCAACCGGACAGAGAAUGUCUUCAUCUUCUCCAAGACCAUGUUCAGCGGCACUUGGAUCAUCCUCAAAUUUCUGCACGAACGCUGCAACAACAACUCCGAAAUCCUCAACAUCACAGGGUACCUGCGCAGUUCGCGAUGCCACAACGAGGUCUACAUCAAUGAAAACGAAGCCAUUUCCUACCUGAGGAAUUACGACGAGGCAGCCAGCACGGCCGGGGAUGGACAAUACGUUUUGCAGAGCGUCCAGAUUCGGUGUGGGCGCCUCCAUGAGCUGCACUUCCAAGAACCCCCAAAGCCCCGGAAGCUGCGGCCUUUGCCAGGACAACCUCCCGCUCCCAGUUUGCCGCAGCCCGGAGUGCAAAAGCGAGAUGCUCCCAAACCUUCUGAUGAGAAGAAAGAGGAGAAGAAGGAGCCGGGAAGCAGCCAAGACCCCAAAGAAGGGCAGAAAGCCACCGAGGAGGGAAAGGCGGGGAUGCCCUCUGCUCCAACUGAUGGCAAAGAUGACAAGAAGAAACCAGAUGCACAGAAGACCCCGUGGGAGCAUUCGGCCAUUGCUGCCACUUGGGACGACGGGCCCUACGUCUUCAUCCUCAGCAUCAAGAGCCAGUCUUCCAGCUGGGAAGUCCCGAUUGACGUCCAGAUGAAGCAUCCUGUCCACCAGUACAUUUCGGCUUCCGAGUGGCCUCUGAUGGUGUUCUACAUGGUGAUGUGCAUUGUGUACGUCUUCUACGGGGUCCUGUGGCUCGUCCUCCUGGCUUGCUAUUGGCGCGACAUCCUGCGCAUCCAGUUCUGGAUCGGGGGCGUCAUCCUGCUGGGCAUGUUGGAGAAGGCCGUCUUUUACGCCGAGUUCCAGAGCAUCCAGAGCCAAGGGGUCUCUGUUCAAGGGGCCGUGAUAUUCGCCGAGGUCUUGUGUGCCGUGAAGCGGAUGUUGGCCCGAGUGCUCGUCAUCAUCGCCAGCCUGGGAUACGGCAUUGUCAAACCCCGUUUGGGAGCCCUCCUGAACCGUGUUGUGGGCGUGGGGCUCAUGUACCUCAUCUUUUCCAUCAUCGAAGGGGUCCUGAGGGUGAAAUCGGAGCAAACAAACGUAGCCACCCUCGGCUGUGAGAUUUUCCUGGCCUUUGUGGAUUCCUGUAUCGUCUGGUGGAUAUCCUUUACCAGGAGAUAGCUCUGCGUGCGUGCAUUUGUGUGUGAACGUGUGGGUCCCGUCUUUGUGGCAUGUUCACAGCCUUCUCUCCUUCCCGAACUUCAGUCCCAUCUACACUGACCAUUUGAUGCAGUUUUGAACCAGUGUUGAAGGAAGUGGCUUCGCUGGGCAGAUGAUCACAUAGGGUUUGGGGGUUUUCUUUAGGUUUUGAAUUAUAUAUUGUAGCACUUUUAGCCGCAUUGGGUCUCUUUGUGGAGAAGUACAAUGGGAUAGAAAUAAUAAAUAUAAAAAGGAGGAGGAGGAGAGAUGAUGAAGAAGAAGAUGAGGUGAUGAAAGCAAAAUGAAGAAGAGAUGAACGCAAGAAGAUGAGAUGAUGAAGAAGAUGACAUGAAGGCAAGGUGAAGAUGAAAUGAAGAAGGCAAGAUGAAGAAGAUGAGAUGAUGAAGAUGAGAUGAAGGCAAGAUGAAGAUGAGAUGAUGAGGAAGAUGAGAUGAUGAAGAAGAGAUGAUGAAGAUGAACACAUGAAGAGAUGAUGAAGAUAAGAUGAAGAAGAAGAUGAGAUGAUGAAGUCAAGAUGAAGAAGAGAUGAUGAAGAUGAAGAAGGCAAGAUGAAAAAAGAAGAUGAAAUGAUGAAGAUGACGUGAAGGCAAGAUGAAGAUGAGAUGAAGAAGGCAAGAUGAAGAAGAUAAAGAAUAUGAGAUGAUGAAGAGAUGAAGAAGAUGAGAUGAAGAAGAUAAAGAAGAUGAGAUGAAGAAGAAGAUGAGAUGAAGGCAAGAUGAAAAAGAGAUAAAGAUGAAGAAGGCAAGAUGAAUAUAUGAUGAUGAAGAAGAUGAUGAGAUGGUGAAGGCAAGAUGAAGAAGAGAUAAAGAUGAAGAAGGCAAGAUGAAGAUGAUAUGAUGAGGAAGAAGAUGAGAUGAUGAAGAGAUGAUGAAGAUGAGAUGAAGAACAGAUGAAGAGAUGAAGUUGAGAUGAAGAAGAAGAGAUGAUGAUGGCAAGAUGAAGAAGAUAUGAUGAAAAUGAAGAAGGCAAGAUGAAAAAGAUGAGAUGAUGAGGAAGAUGACAUGAAGGCAAGAUGAAGAUGAGAUGAAGAAGAAGGCAAGAUGAAGAAGAGAUGAAGAGAUGAAGAUGAAGAAAAAUAGAUGAUGAAGAAGAUGAGAUGAAGGCAAAAUGAAAAAGAAAUAAAGAUGAAGAAGGCAAGAUGAAUAUAUGAUGAAGAAGAAGAUGAUGAGAUGAUGAAGGCAAGAUGAAGAAGAGAUAAAUAUGAAAAAGACAAGAUGAAGAUGAGAUGAUGAAGAAGAUGAGAUGAAGAACAGACGAAGAGAUGAAGAUAAAGAUGAGAUGAAGAAGAUGAGAUGAAGAAGAAGAUGAGAUGUUGAAGGCAAGAUGAAGAAGAGAUGAUGAAGAUGAAGGCAAGAUGAAAAAGAUGAGAUGAUGAAGAAGAUGACACGAAGGCAAGAUGAAGAAGAGAUGAAGAAGAUAAAGAAGAUGAGAUAAUGAAGAAGAUGAGAUGAAGGCAAGGUGAAGAAGAGAUGAAGAUA